CCAUUCUUAUAAUAUUGAAUAACCCUAAAUAAAAUGUCUAGCCUUGAAGACUUCAAGAUCACAGAGAAACUUGGUGAUGGUGCCUACAGCUCUGUCUACAAGGUAAAAAGAAUCGAAGAUGGAGAGUAUUAUGCUCUUAAAUAAAGUGAAUAUAUUCAACUUAUCCGAAAAGGAACGUGAGAAUGCUCUGAACGAAGUAAGAAUACUUGCAUCUUGCCAGAACAAAAACGUCAUUUCGUACAAAGAAGCCUUUAUUAUCAAUGAAAAAGAGGGCAACUAUCUUUGAAUUAUCAUGGAGUUUGCAAAUAACAAAGAUCUGUACCAAAGAAUUUUAGAACAAACUAAAUAAGAAAGAAUAUAUGAAAGAAGCUGAAAUUUGGCAAAUAUUCAUACAAAUUACGAGAGGUUUGAAAUCUCUACACGACCUGAACAUCAUGCACAGAGAUUUGAAGAGUGCCAAUAUUUUCCUAACUGAUGACUGUAUCGCAAAACUAGGAGAUAUGAAUGUAUCGAGGAUGGCUGACAAACAGGGCCUGAAUUAUACUCAAACAGGAACUCCUUACUAUGCCAGUCCUGAGGUCUGGAAAGAUAAGCCCUAUGAUUUCAAAAGUGACAUUUGGUCGUUAGGAUGUGUCCUCUACGAAGCAAUUACUCUUAGACCUCCUUUCAAGGCAUCAGAUAUGCAAGGGUUAUAUGAUAAGGUUAUCAAAGGAACUUAUCCAAAAAUUCCUAAAUAAAUUUUCUCAGGAUAUAAACAUGGUGAUUAAAGGUUUACUUCAAGUGAGACCUAAGAAUAGGCCCUCUUGUGAUCAACUACUAUCGCAUCCGAUAAUACUUAAGAAAAUUAAGAGGUUAGGCCUAGAGGAGUUUAAAGAUGAGAGUGUGCUGCUAAAGACCAUCCAGCCCUUCAGCGAUUCUAGUAAUUUCAUGUACAGGCUCCCUGCUCCAGCUUACACAAGCACUGAAGCAAACAUGCUAAUGAAUGACGUUAUUAAGAAAUAAACAAAACUUCAAAAAUUCAUACGGAGAAGUAACAGAUACUUCUGAACUUGUAACAAGGGAUGAAAAGGAUACCCCAAAUUCUAAGAAAAUCAAUAGCAAAAAUCUUAAAUCUCCAUACCUCUCUAAUAAAGGGAGGGUCAAAAAGGCUGUAGGCUCAAUUAUUAGGAAGAAUGGGAGUGCUGCAAGUAUCAUAUCUAACAAGAAGAAAGACGAAGAGGGUGACAAUCCUAAGAUCUCUUUGAGUCCGAAAAAGAAAGGGGAUGCUGAAUCUGGAAAAGACCCCUCCUCUCUUGAGAAGUCUAGAGCUAAAGAUCAUAUCUAUAGCGAUAGUAAUAACGACAGAAAACAAAACCAGAAUUAUAAAGGUGAUGGUAUUAAUGACAGGGAGAGCCGGGUCAGCUCUGAUUAUCGAACUAAAGAGAAUAAAUCUAAACAUUCUAAGAAUAUUAAGAGCGAAAAUGUUGUCAAAAAGGCACUCAAGCCAUCUGAGUUUAUUAUGAGAAACGAAAACGAUUCUCCAACGAGGAGAAUGAUGGAAAAUAAAAAUAAGAGAAUUAUCGGUAACCAAAGCAAGGUCUUGCAUAAAAAUGACUCUCAGGAACAACUCUCAGCUAAAAGAAAGCUGAACAGAAAUGACUCACAGAUAAGUCUUGAUAAAGACAAAGGGCUUGUUUCAUCUGAUAGAGGUGAGGAAGGCUCAAAAUCUAAGAAGCUUAUUAAAAAUCUUAGAGAGCACAUAGCCCUCAAGUUAUACGAACACAAUGUUCCUUCAAACAACUAUCACCGCAUCAGUGGGAAAUCAAGCAGUAUUUCCAAUAACUCGUAUAUACAAAAGAUGUUGGAUGCUUAUAAUAUCUUUAACAAGCCUCAGAAUGCCUAUUCUCAAAAUAAGUACUCUAACAAGUUAAGAAGAAACUUGAAAAAUCAGUACGAAAAUCCUAGCUAUAAGCAGUCUAAUAUUGAAGGAAGGAAUAGGUCACUUCAAGAGAAGAAGAAUACUAGAAAUGAACCCUCACCUGGAUAUCCGAAGGAGAAGUCAGUUGUUCUACCGAAGUUAUCGAGAAGUCCAGGGAUCUCUCUGAUUAGUAACAGAAAGAGAUCUAUAAUGAGCUUGAAGAAGAAAAAUCAUAAUCAGUACAUGAAGUCAUUGAAAAGAUACAAAUUGAAAAAUUCCUCGCUCUCUAAGUCGAACAAGUCGUCUGACUUAGGCUCAAUUCCAGCUAUUUCAAGACAGUUAAGCAGGAUUUUGAACUCACAUAAGAUGAGUAUUGAGAAGGGUUCCAAUAAUGCCCAAUACAGGUCUCCUAACCAUCAUAAGAUCAAGAACAUUCUGAGUGACAAGGAAAAGAGAGAUCUAGCUGUAAAAGGAUUAUCUAGCAAGAUCGGCAAGCAAGGUAUAAGAUCGAGGCUGAGAGAUAAGAAAAAUGACAUUACAUCUCUCAAAUCUCUGAAUAACUCAAAAUUGAAUGUUUAA